CACGUCUUGACGUCAUCUUAGAGCGCCGCCAGGGAGUUCCAGCCAAUCGCAUCGUGAUCCGAGGACGCGGGCCCGUCACUCCAGCCAAUCGCAUCGCGUCCUCAGGACGCGGGCCCGUCGCUCCAGCCAAUCGCAGGGCGGCGGCGGCGGCGGCGGCGGUCAUGGCGGCGCGCGGAGCGCUGAUCGUGCUGGAAGGUGUGGAUCGCGCCGGCAAGACCACGCAGAGCCGCCGCCUGGUGAGCGCGCUCUGCUCCGCCGGCCACCGCGCAGAGCUGCUGCGCUUCCCGGAACGAUCAACUGAAAUUGGCAAACUUCUGGGUUCUUACUUGGAGAAGAAGAAAGAGGUGGAGGACCACUCCGUGCACUUGCUUUUCUCUGCAAACCGCUGGGAGCACGUGCCGCUGAUGAAGGAGAAGCUGCAGCAGGGCAUCACGCUCGUGGUAGACAGAUAUGCCUUCUCAGGGGUCGCCUUCACCAGCGCCAAAGAGAACUUCUCCCUGGACUGGUGCAAGCAGCCAGACGUGGGGCUCCCCAAACCGGACCUGGUGGUGUUCCUGCACCUGCAUCUGGCGGAGGCUGCCGCGCGGGGCGAGUUUGGCCACGAGCGCUAUGAGAACAGGCCCUUCCAGGAACGGGCACUGCAGCGCUUCCAGCAGCUCAUGGGGGACCCCUCCCUCAACUGGCAGAUGGUGGACGCCUCCCGGAGCAUCGAAGAUGUCCACAAGGAGAUCUGCAAGCUGUCAGAGGAAACCAUCCGGGCCACGGCGCAGACACCACUGGGGACACUGUGGCAGUGAUGAGUACUGAAGGUACUGCUGGGGAUGCAGGGCUGCAGGCCAGCCUCUGUCCCCUGGAGGACGUCCAAGACCCCUGACCCGAGAAAGUCACAUGCUAAUAAAGGUGUGAUCUGG